AUGCUGGCCUUCCGUGCUGUUAAGGCCCUUUCCCGGGCGUCGCCGGCGCCUGCAAAGGACGAGAAUGCCGUGCGGAUCGGCAUCCUGGGUGCAGCCAACAUUGCCCCAAUGGCAUGUGUCCUGCCGCUCUCUCAUCUGCCGAACGGCACCGCCUACGCCGUUGCUGCCCGCAAGAAGGAGCGAGCCAGCGAGUUUGCCAAGAAGCACAGCAUCCCGGUUGUCCACGACUCGUACGAAGCGCUUCUGCAAGAUCCCAACGUCGACGCCGUCUUCAUCCCGCUUCCGAACGCACUGCAUGCCCGCUGGGCUGUCGAGGCCAUCCGCCAUGGCAAGCACGUCCUCUGUGAGAAGCCCUUCACCGACAACGCAUCACAGGCCCAGGAGGUCAUCGACGCCCUCGCUGCCCACAACCAGGCCCGGCCCGCCGACUCGCCACCGGUGCUGUGCAUGGAGGCCUUUCACUGGAAGACUCAUCCGGCCGCCCAGUUCUUCAAGAGCGUGCUACAGAACCAGGUCGGCGGGUGGAGCAUUGGUUCUGUCCAGGCUGUCCACACUGCUUUCAAGAUCCCCUCGAUCGCCUUUGGCGACACCGACAUCCGCUACAACUUUGGCCUUGGCGGCGGAGCCACCAUGGAUGCGGGCUGCUAUGCCGUAUCUGCCUGGCGCUUUGCUGUCGAUGCUUGCUCCUCGACCAAGGGCUACGUCCCCCAGGUCGAGAACGCAACCGCCACACGCUGGACCAAGGACGACAAAAUCGACGUCAAUAUGACCGCUACACUAGUCGGUGCCGCGGGCAUCCAGGGCUCCAUCACGGCCAUGUUCCAGGCCGGCCUGCUCUCCUUCGAGGCCACCAUCACCGUUGUCGGCGACGCCGGGACGCUGACCUACACCAACUUCAUCGCGCCGUCCAUCUACCAUGCAAUCGAGCUCAAGCCCAAGAACGGGUCCGGCAAGCUCAGGAAGGAGUACACCCCACAGGACGGAUACAAGCCGACCUACUUUUACCAAAUGAGGGCCUUCCUCGACGCCGUUCAGCGCAAGAAUGCCGACUACGAGGCCGUGGGCUUGACAGAGACCGGCGACGCCCUCAUCAACAUGACUGUUAUUGAUGCGAUCUACACCAAGGCGGGGCUACCCCUUCGUCCGUGA